CUACAGCAUUUAAUUUUUAAAAAUUCAUCAUAAAAUUCAUUCCGUGUAAAAUCUUCCAGCAGUCCCUGCGUGGUGUUGUAUCUCGAUCCGUGUGAUGAGUAUCUAUCAUUGUUUGUCUCUCUUCAAUGUACAGAUGGCGUUUGGAAUCAAUAUACUUAUUUUAUUUCAAAGUGAACUGUGAAAUUGACAAUCAUGUACAGAAAAUAUAUUAAUGGUUUGCUGUUUUUUGUCUACAUACUGGUCAUUGUGGGCGUACUCCAGCAUCUCCUAAUUACCCGGAAGUACAAAUGGCAGACCAAGCUUCUGACGGUAUGGGCUCGUUUUGCAAUGAACGAUUCUAUCUCACAUGAUAUAAAUUUAACUAACAUGACGUCAAGGGAGUUAAUGACGACCGUAUCCACCCACCAGGCAUCAUACACAAAAGUUGAACAUCUUAUAAAAACUAGUAUCAAACCGAAUUUACACACAGUCUCAAGUACACUAGUGAAGAAUUCCACGAUCAAAAAGAUUGAAUUGAAAACUUUAUCUGUGACUUCUCUUGAGAAGAAACCUAGAUUCUUUCUAUGCACAGGCAUUAUGGGUAGGCUAGGCAACCACUUGUUUGAGUUUGCCUCUGGAUAUGGCGUAGCCGCCAAGAAGAACAUGAUCUCAGUUAUUCGGCGGAAAGGUUCGGUAGACUCCGUGUUUGAGCUAAAAAAUGACAGUCAUCUUCUGCUUUCGUCUGACCGGAAGGAAUGUGAGCACGUACCGACGCGAUAUGAGAGAUGGUGCAGUCGAUAUGAUCCGCAACUGGAGAAUUUCACCGUCAACUCCAACAUGUGGAUCGGAUGGGGUCUACAAUCGUGGAAAUAUUUCAAUGAUUCUUAUCAAAGUCUGCGAAAACAAAUGACGUUUAGGAAACACAUUCGUGACAAAGAAACCCAGAUACAGGAUAGGACGUUAAAAAAAUUCAAUUUUACGUCACGGUCUGACGUCACAUUUGUUGGAAUUCAUAUUCGGAGAGGGGACAUGUUGACGGAUCCUCUGGGUUAUGACGUAACCACCCCUGAAUAUAUUUCUCGUGCAGUGGGUUUUUUCAAAAAUUACACAAACACUAUUUUUAUAGUAUGUUCCUUGGAUUUAACUUGGUCUCAAAAACAUAUACCAAAGAACGUGAGAGUUGAGUACAGCGUUGGAAACGCACGUGAUGUGGACUUGGCUCUUUUAGCCUCUUCUGACCACAUGAUUCAAACAGUCGGUACUUUUGGAUGGUGGGCUGGUUGGUUAAACAAUGGAAAAGUAAUUUAUUAUAAAUGGCCUGCAAAGGAGAAGGGAAGGUUGCGAGGGACGUUUAGUUCGGAUUACUCGGAUUUUUUCAUGCCUCAUUGGAUUGGAAUGUAGUAAAGGCAUUCAUACAAUGCACGAUAUUCUGACGUAUAUCGGGUCAACAAAAUUAUAUAUAUUUAUACAUUACUCUUCCUUCAACUAGUUUUUAAAGCUGUAUGACCCGAUGUUCAUGUAUUAUUUUUGUACAUAAUUAAUUUAAAGCAGAUUCAUUACUUUAUAAAGUUAUUAACUUUUCCUUAAUUACAUGCUUGAAAACAUCUGCAUGUAAAAGAAAACAGUGCGAAUAUUAUUUAGAAAGUAAAUAAAGUGGCUACAUAUAUAAAUCAUCCCAGAAUAGACGUCUAUA